AUGACCUCACGACCCCAACCGCUCCAGUGCCUGGUGCCAGCCGCGUCAUGGUCGUCUCGAGUGAACCCCCAGAACAGGAUCCCUCUCCCCCUGCCUCAAGACUGGGAUCCAGGACCACGAAACCCAAACCUCGUUGGAGAACGAAUCCAGUUCGGGAUCCGCCCCAUAGACGCCCAAGUCACGCUAGCCCGGUCGUUCGUGAUGGCGGCGAUGGCUACCGAACGUCUUGACGCAGAACCCGCCGUCUACUACCACCAAGGUUUCGACUUCGUGCUAUUGGACAAGCUCAAGAACCAGCUGGUGUAUCUCCCCGACCUCUGGGAUCUUCGGCCCGAGGCCAACAUCGAAGACGCGAUCGUUGGUAAGUUCGGAGAAUCGGACCCCGAAGAGGAAGAGAUGCUCCGGGAGAUCCUCCGGAAACACCGAAUGAUCUGCUUGGGAGUAGUAAACGCGCUUCCCCCCGGUCCAGGCAGUUCUGUGUACGAGUUGCCCAAGCGUCUCCUGGAGACAGGCCUGGUCGAGUAUUCCAAUUCGGAAUGGGCAUCAGUCAUUGUCCUUGUGAUGAAAAAGAAUGGCACCGACAUCAGCUUGUGUAUCGACUACCGGUUGAAACUGAUAAAGCUGGUGAACUACCCCUAA